AUGGUGGAGAACUACUUACGCGCUACGGGAUUCUACUACGUCUCUAGAAUUGGAGUCAUAAGAAGAUUUCACCCCAUGUUAGCUGCUCUGGUUGAAAGGUGGAGGCCUGAAACCCACACCUUUGUAUUGCCGAUAGGUGAGGUUACAGUGACAUUAGAGGAUGUCGCUCAUAUAUUCGGCUUACCCAUUGAUGGAAAGCCUGUCAGUGGAUGGACAGAUAGUAGUGGCGAGUUCGUUCAAAGAUCGACCCUAUUCACGGACAAGUCGACUGCAUAUGCCCAUGCGAAAUAUCUACCGUUGCUUCGCAAUUUCGAGCGGAUCCAUACUUAUAGUUGGGGGUCAGCAUGCCUCGCACAUCUUUACAGAAUACUAUGCCGUGCAUCACGAUAUGAUACAAAGGAGAUGGAUGGCCCUCUAAAUCUCUUGUUUGUUUGGGCAUGGGAGCGAAUGCCGUGUCUUGCUCCCGUACCGAGACAAACGCUUCCACCGGCCAUGAUACCAGUUUCCAUGAGGUGGAGUUAUUCGGAACGGACCACAGCGUGGUCAUCGAAGAACGUGGAGACAUUCAGGCAUGAUAUAGAUUACAUGCAGGAGGCCAAAAUUUGA